GCAGUGCAAGAACCACAAGCAGGACUACGAAGCCGGGAGUAAAAGUACCAACAAUAUAUUGGAGCUCAUAAAGGAAAGACAAGAAGACAUAUUCUGCUUUCAGGACUUUUUGGAGAUCCAAUAUACAAUCAAUUCGAAAUGUGGCUAUAGUCAGUUUAUCUGGAUAUAGCAACAGAGAAAAGUUGGUAGUACACUCUUUGGAGUUUGGUCAGAGUCGUUUAAUUUGACAUUUGCUUGUGGAAGUGGACACUGCUCUAGAACUUGGGAUCGAUCCGACACAGUCGGGUCUGGACUUGCCAUUUACAGUUUCUGCUGUCGCCCCUUGCUGAACGUUUUGGCCCGAACAUUCUUCGAUGACAACAUGAAGACUUCGAAAGUUGCUUCCUGAAUCCAGCUCGAGUAAUUGUGGACCUUUGAAUGGAGAGUGUGCACUAAUAGAACGUUCGUAAGACACAUCUUUGACACAUGACUGUCUGUCUGUCCCACUGAAGCCUUUGAGCCCCAUCUAAUUCCUCAGAGACUAAACCAACAAGGACCAAGCAACCGAAGUCACAUUGCAACAAAUUGCAUAAAUAGAGGAGAGAGAAAAGAGUGAAAUCGAUUUGUGUCUCCUCGAAACAUCCUCUCAAAGCGACCACACAAUGACGUGGUCACCUCCCCAGUCCGGGCCCUUUGUGGCACUUUUGGCCCUUCUUUUCCUCGGUUUGACUUCCAGCGUCCCUUCCGGCCCAGCCUCUGAUACCUGCGCCUCCCUGGAGCAGAGCCGCUUCUUCGGGCUGUUCUCUUCGACCGCCAACCUGCCCUCCACGCCGUGCUCCUGGACCCUGCAGAACCCAGACCCUCGCCGCUACACCGUCUACAUGAAGAUCACCAAGCCCACCGACUCCUGCCUGCCCCGCCAGGUCAAAACCUUCCAGUUCGACUCCUUCAUCGAGACCUCUCGCACCUACCUGGGUAUGGAGAGCUUUGAUGAAGUCGUCAGAUUGUGCGACGCUUCAACUUCUGUAACCUACCUGGAGUCCAGCAAGCAGUUCCUGCAGCUCCGCAAGGUGGCGCCAAGACACGGCCUGGAGAUUGUGGAGGGAGAGAGCAGCGGUGAGUUCAAGGCCGAGUUCCUGGUGGUGGGCAAGAGGAACCCCAGUAUGCCAGCCUGUCAGAAGCUGUGCCAGUGGCUGGAGAAUUGUUUGUCCACCAGCACCCAUCUCAACCCCUGCGGCAUCAUGAACACCCCCUGCCAGUGCUGGGAGACCCCCGUCAGGAAGCCCGGCGGCUGCUACCGUGGAGGCGUCUACCUGGAGAAGUGCAUCCCAACCCCCCGAGACACUGGACGUGAAAUUGUACGCGACGCCGAGAUCAUAAGUGAAAUGAGUUCAGGUCCUUCAGACUAUUGUCUCCAUAUCUACGUACCAGUGUCAUCCUCAGUAAUUAUGUCUCUGGACUUGUGUGUCAUGUAUCAUGUGUGCAAUGUGCCUCUUCUCUUCUCUCCCUCAGAGGGCUGGAGUGGGUGGGGCCGCUGGUCUGAGUGCAGUAUGGAGUGCGGGGGUGGAGUCCAGGUGCGCAGCCGAGCCUGUCAGCCAGAGGAUAGUGUGUGUGAAGGCGUGGUCGAAGAGGGGCGGGCCUGCAACCCUCAGCCCUGCAUUGGUCAAGUGCACAGCCGUAGCCAAGCCCUGGCUUCCAUCGUCGGCCUGAAAAGAGACAACGCUGAUGUUCCCAUCACUGGAGUUGUGGCCCCUCAAACAGUGGACGCUGCUGCGGUUGCAGAUGAGUGGUCCCCCUGGAGUGUGUGUUCAGUGAGCUGUGGAGAGGGCUGGCAGGCCCGCUCCCGUUUCUGUGUUACCUCCUCCUACAGCACCCAAUGCACCGGCCCCCUCCGCGAGAACCGGCCCUGCAACAACACCAUGGUCUGCCCCGUUGAUGGAGCUUGGGACGAGUGGUCCCCAUGGAGCCUGUGCUCUUCCACCUGCGGCCGUGGUUACCGUGACCGCACCCGCACCUGCAAGCAGCCCCAGAACGGAGGAGAACCCUGCAAGGGACCCAUCAAACAGACCAAGUUCUGCAACAUCGCAGUCUGCCCAGUGGACGGUGCCUGGAACGAAUGGUCUGGUUGGACCACCUGCUCCACCUCUUGCUCCAAUGGCACCAAACAGAGGACACGUGAAUGCAACGGGCCGUCCUACGGAGGUUCGGAGUGCCGUGGUGACUGGCGUGAGACCAAUAACUGCUUCCUGAAAGAUUGCCCAGUUGAUGGACGCUGGUUAUCAUGGAGCUCAUGGGGAAGCUGCAGUAAGACCUGUGGGGGAGGAAGCCAGCAGAGACAGAGGAUGUGCGAAGGACCUUACUUCAGUGGAGAGACUUGCCCUGGAGAGAGAGGAGAGCUGAGACGCUGCAACGAGAAAAGAUGCCCAGAACCCCAUGAGAUCUGUCAGGAGGAGACCGAUGGUGAUGUUGUGUGGAAGAGAACCCCAGCAGGAGAUAUGGCGGCCGUGACCUGCCCUACAGACUCCACCGGCAUGAUCUUGCGCCGAUGCACCCUUGGCGCUGUAGGCCUUGCUUAUUGGGAGAACCCGACCCACAUCAAGUGCAUCUCCAAGAACUACCAGGACAUUUCCUUAUUGGCCCAGCAUGGUGUUGAUAAGGCUCAGAAGGGUCUGAUGGCUGAUGGGAUUUCUGAGGUGAUCUCCCGGCUGAGGGCCACCUCUGAUGAGGGGACCAAGUACAGUGGAGACCUGUUGUCCAUCAUGGAUGUCCUCAGGAACACCACUGAGAUCUACAAGGGAGUCGGAUACAGCCUGAGCAAUGCUGAUGUGGAGAACUAUGCCCAGACAAUCAGCAACUUACUGAAGGAGGAACAUCAUGACAAAUGGGAGGAGGCACAGCUGAUGGGCACUAACAUCAAGGAGUUCUUGCAGCUUGUCGAGGACUUUGUGGACAUGAUCGGUAUGCAGAUGAAGGACUUCCAAGACAUUUAUGAAGUCACCGAGAAUUUAGUGUUGAGCAUCCAUAAGCGCCCCACAACCAUGACCACCGACUUCACCUUCCCAGUGAGAGGAUGGAGAGGCAUGAUGGACUGGGUCAGGACCUCAGAGGAAAAGAUCACUGUUUCCCGUGAUGCUCUGUCCAUCGAGCAGUCUGAGGGCACCACUGCAUUUGUGACCGGGAUCAUUCUCUACAGAAACCUCAGCUCUAUCUUGUCCUUCCAAAGUAACAGCACCGUCCUCGACUCCAAGGUAGUCACAGUUAUGGUCAAGCCCACCCCAGGCCUGCUGUCCCCCCCAGUGGAAAUCGAGUUCCCCCACCAACAUAAUGACACCAUAAAUGAAACAUGCAUCUCCUGGGAUGAGAGUGAAACUUCUUCGCUGCUUGGAUCUUGGUCUGCGCGUAGCUGCAGAGCGGUCGCUGUUGAUUCAUUCAGAACCAAAUGCGUGUGUGACAGGCUCUCCACCUUCGCCAUUUUAGCGCGUCUAAACCCUGAUAUGAACAUGGAUAAGAAUCUUCUUCCCUCUGUGACACUCAUCGUGGGCUGUGGGGUCUCCUCUCUCACCCUUCUGCUCCUCAUCAUUAUCUAUGUCUCCGUCUGGAAGUAUAUCCGCUCGGAGCGCUCAGUGAUCCUCAUCAACUUCUGCCUCUCCAUUAUCUGCUCCAAUGCCCUCAUUCUGGUUGGACAAACCCAGGCUCGCAACAAGGUGGUGUGUGGUGUGGUGGCCGCCCUCCUUCACUUCUUCUUCCUCUCAUCUUUCUGCUGGGUGCUGACGGAAGCAUGGCAGUCCUACAUGGCUGUCACGGGCCGUCUGCGCAACCGCAUCAUCCGCAAGCGUUUCCUCUGUUUGGGCUGGGGACUCCCUGCUCUGGUGGUGGCUGUGUCUGUUGGAUUUACCAAGGCUAAGGGAUAUGGCACCGUCAACUACUGCUGGCUCUCUCUGGAGGGUGGACUCCUCUACUCGUUCGUUGGGCCCGCUGCUGCUGUUGUUCUGGUGAACAUGGUAAUUGGCAUCCUGGUCUUCAACAAACUGGUGUCCAAGGACGGCAUCACCGAUGUCAAACUGAAGGAGCGAGCGGGAGCGUCCCUGUGGAGCUCCUGUGUGAUUCUGCCCCUGCUGGCCCUCACCUGGAUGUCCGCUGUCCUGGCCAUGACCGACCGACGCUCCGCUCUCUUCCAGAUCCUCUUCGCUGUCUUUGACUCCCUGGAAGGGUUCAUAAUCGUCAUGGUGCACUGCAUCCUGCGUAGAGAGGUCCAAGAGGCAGUGAAAUGCAGAGUUGUUGACCGUAAGGACGAUGGCAAUGGAGAUUCUGGCAGUUCCAUCCAAAAUAGCCACCACACCCAGCUCAUGUCUGAUUUCGAGAAGGAUGCUGAAUCCAACAGACCCGGUGGUAUGAACUCCUCCUGUGAGGAGAAGAUGCCCCUCCCACCUCAGCUGCCCCUCCCCAUGAGCUCCAACUUCCACACCCUGCCCUCCCACACCACCAAGGCCCACAUGCAGGCCGUGCCCGAGUACUCCAGCCACACCCUCACUCUGAAGAGGGAGAAGAGUUGGCUGCAUGGCGGCAUGGACCCGUCCUCCUGCGGGAAACCCAUUUAUGUGUGCGACGGUGAGCUCUUCCAGCAGCUGGAUGCAGACCUGGUGUGCGGCCAGGCGGAGGGGAGCUGCCCCGACGGUAGCGGCUACUUGCUCCUGCCCAACACCACCUCCACCCUUCGCAAGGCCAAAGAGGACCCGUCCAAGUACAACAUCAGCGUGGAGCAGCUUCCACAGACCAGGCUGGUUCAUCUCAGUGGGCCCUUCGCUGAGCCCCAGGCUGCCUUCGGACUCAAGACGCUACCGUCCGACCGGGUCAGCGUGUCCUACUCGGAGAGGGACUCUCCCAUCCAGAACAUCCACAACAUGUCCAGCGAGUCUCACAUCACCCACAGCAGCCUGGGAGACACCUUCGACUCUAUGAACUCCAUGAUGUCCAAGAGUGAGACCAUCUCCACACUGUCCAUGAGCUCCCUGGAGAGACAGAAGUCCCGUUAUGCUGAAUUAGAUUUCGAGAAGAUCAUGCACACAAGGAAACGUCACCAGAACAUGUUCCAGGACCUCAACAGGAAAUUACAUCAUGCUGAGAAACAAGACAGAGAGUCCCCUGCUUCAGACAGCAAGUCUGUGAGAUGGAGUGUGUCCUCUGGAGGAAGUGACAAAACAAACCACAGCGACAAGCAGCAGCAACAGGUGGAGAGACCCUGGGAUGGGGUCCAGAGGACGCAACAUUCACCGCCUGCCUGGGUGCGGAAAGACCUAGAGCCCCUGGCCGUGUCGCCCCUGCAUAUGCAGCAGGUGGAGUGGGAGAAGGCUGGAGCCACCAUCUCAAUGGUCAGCCAGGACAUCAUUGACCUGCAGACGGAGGUCUGAGAGGAUGAGCCUGAGAUUGUUCCUUAUAGUUCAAACUCGGUCACCUAUUCUAUUGGUUUGGGGAGAAGAAGAGCCAUGGAUCCACAUGGAGAGAGGAGAGGAAGCCAAGAACGAACAAGCGAAGAGAGGUGGGGGAAGAGAGAGCUGAGAGAGUGCUGAACCCAGAAUACAUGUCUACAAACCCUCGACAGGAGAAAGAUGGAGAGAGAUGAAAGGAGGGAAGCUAUUGUGUUGUCAAGAUUUGUUUUCCAGCAAGGACAUGAUAAUGAGCAACACUAGAGAAGCAGUUUGAUAUUGACUGGUGGUUAGUGUCAGAUAGUGAUGGAUGGUUCCAAGGACUGGUUCUGGUUCUGUUUGUGGUCUGACCACAGAGGUUUCCUUUAAUCUUCCGACUGGGUUCAAGAGAGGUGUGGUCGACAUGGUUAACAUGCGGUCAACAGGCCACUUCGACUCGUUUUAAAACAAUGGGUUUCACUCUACCCCUGAGCUCUAACCAAACCGAACAUUUGUACUUUUGUGUUUGCGGCCAAGGCAUCUUCCAAGUUAGCUAGGACAAGGCAAGAAGAGACAACUGGACUCCCAUCAGACUUAGUGUCUGAACUCAACGCUGUGGUUUAUGGGACACACCCUUUAAUUGCUGUGUUGUAGCUAUUAUUUUCUCGCUUCGCCAGGAAGUGCAUCUAAAGAGCUGCAAAGACUCUUCCAUGAGAACUCUCUUCUUGAGACUAUGAUGCCUAUACUGGAGACAAGGCUUGAUCAUGCUUACAGAGCAGAACAUUAUUAUUAUCAUGUUAUUAUAUUAUUAUUAUUAUUAUUACCUGUAUUUUGUUUUAUUGUUUUAGCAUCGAUCUCAGUUUUCAAAAGGACUGCAUAGCAUUCAGACAGUCAGCGUGUUGGUGGGAACCCUGGUUAUGCCUGUGUUCUGCCUCCGCAGCACAUGGCAGGCACCUGGAAGAACAUCAAGCUCUGUUACAGGAAGAGCAGUGUAUUCUGGGAACUGCUGAGCAGCAUCAUUAGGAAGUGUUGGACAAAGACCAUUAGAUUCCCACCUCCAGUUCCCAAUAAACAAGAGCCCCCGCUAUUGGACCUCUUUUCCUUCCUGCGACACACACAGCCUUGCAGAAAGAGCUCUAGAUCCCAGGACUAUAAGCUGUGAGGCACUUGCCAAUGACAUGACUUCACUUCCGCAGUGCCAGCUACAAAGGACUCCGACACAACAUCCUUGUGUUUUAAAACCAUCAGUGUGAAACUAGUGCAAUAUGAUGGGCGCUUGAUGCUCAAGCUGGACUGAUAUCAGAAUUAUAAGGCUGGUUUUUCUUAAGAUGUUUCAAUACUCUUUUAUAACAUGUUCCUCGUAUUUACAGAGCAUACAGAUACUUUGUUGUGUAACAAAUAUGUAUUAGUAAUGAAACACAUUAAUUCAAUAGAGGUUUGCUUGUGUUCCGAGUGAAAGCGCAAGACUACAAAUUAUUUGGAGGUCUGUGAUUAGUAGAUUAUUCUAAUUCUAAAAAGCAAAUGUUAUAUAGAAUUAAUAAUAGCCUAUAAGAAUAUAUCUAAAAACAGUGCUUCAGGAUAACUGUUUUGACUCCAUACCUCACUGUGUGGAGUAACUGAACCUCAUGUCUUCUGUAAUAGUGUGUUUUUGAUAAUCUUGUCAAUAUUGCACUACAGUAUGUGCCAAAAAUCUUUCCUGUCCCCUAUUUCCUUCCUAGCCAUAGUGCCCCCCUCUUGUUGUACAUGUAUAGUUUUGAGAGCACAAGAUGAAUGUGAUUUUUUGGAAUAAAAUAAAAACAUAUCUA